GAGAGGGAGGAGGAGAAGCAGGAGGAGGAGGAGGAGGAGGGGAGAGGAGGAGCAGGGGGUGGAGGAUGGAGCCCCGGGCUGCUGCGGCGGGCGAGCCGGAGCAGCCGGCAGCGUCCUCCUCCUUCCAGGCCCGGCUCUGGAAGAACCUGCAGCUGGGGGUGGGCAGAAGCAAGGGCGGCGGGGGCGGGCGCGCUGGGGGUCCGGAGCGCCGCACUGCGGACACCCCGUCGCCCUCCCCGCCACCCCCGGUAGGCACACGGGAUGCACCGGCCGGGGGGAGUGGUGCAGGCAGCAGGUGGAGCGGCUUCAAGAAGCGGAAGCAAGUGCUGGACCGAGUCUUCUCCUCCUCGCAGCCCAACCUGUGCUGCUCCUCGCCGGAGCCCCUAGAGCCCGGCGGCGCCGGCAGAGCCGAGCAGGGGUCCACGCUACGCCGCCGGAUCCGCGAACAUUUGCUCUCGGCCGGAAAAGGGCCCGCGGCGGCCUCGGGAGCAGCGGGAGGGACGCCUCCUGGCGGACGCUCCCCCGACUCAGCUGCUUCCUCUUCCUCCGCCUCAUCCUCCCUGUCCUCCUCGCCCCAGCCUCCCCCGAGGGGGGACCGCGCCCGAGAUGAGGGUGCACGGCGUCAGGGCCCCGGGGCGCACUUGUGCCACCAAAAGAGCUCCUCUCUGCCGGGCACCGCCUGCCUGGAGCAGCUGCUGGAGCCGCCGCCUCCUCCCGCAGGGCCGGCGCGGAGUCCCGCGGAGUCUCGGGCCCCGGAGACGGGCGAGGAGCGCGGCAGCAGGCAGAAAAUAAACGCUGCUGGAACCAGUAAUGCAGAAGUCCCUUUGGCUGAUCCCGGAAUGUACCAGCUGGACAUUACAUUAAGAAGGGGUCAAAGUUUAGCUGCUCGAGAUCGAGGAGGGACGAGUGAUCCAUAUGUGAAGUUUAAAAUCGGAGGAAAAGAAGUUUUUAGAAGUAAGAUAAUACACAAGAACCUCAACCCUGUGUGGGAAGAAAAAGCUUGCGUUCUGGUUGAUCAUCUUAGGGAGCCAUUGUAUAUAAAGGUAUUUGACUAUGAUUUUGGACUACAGGAUGACUUUAUGGGCUCAGCCUUUCUGGAUCUGACACAAUUGGAGUUAAACAGGCCCACAGAUGUGACCCUUACUCUGAAAGAUCCUCAUUAUCCUGACCAUGAUCUUGGAAUCAUUUUGCUCUCAGUCAUCCUUACCCCUAAAGAAGGAGAGUCCAGGGAUGUGACAAUGCUAAUGAGGAAGAGUUGGAAAAGAUCAAGUAAGACGUGCAGCAGGCCAGCUCUUCCUGUCCUGGGCUUCUGCAGAGCAGAGCUUCAGAAUCCUUAUUGCAAAAAUAUACAAUUUCAGACCCAAAGUUUACGCCUCUCAGACCUACACAGAAAAUCGCAUCUUUGGAGAGGAAUAGUCAGCAUCACCUUGAUUGAAGGGAGAGACCUGAAGGCCAUGGAUUCCAACGGGUUGAGCGACCCCUACGUGAAGUUCCGGCUUGGGCAUCAGAAGUACAAGAGCAAGAUUAUGCCAAAAACGUUGAAUCCUCAGUGGAGGGAACAAUUUGAUUUUCACCUUUAUGAAGAAAGAGGAGGAAUCAUUGAUAUCACUGCAUGGGACAAAGAUGCUGGGAAAAGGGAUGAUUUUAUUGGCAGGUGCCAGGUCGACCUGUCAGCCCUCAGUAGGGAACAGACGCACAAGCUGGAGUUGCAGCUGGAAGAGGGUGAGGGACACCUGGUGCUGCUGGUCACUCUGACAGCAUCAGCCACAGUCAGCAUCUCUGACCUGUCCGUCAACUCCCUGGAGGACCAGAAGGAACGAGAGGAGAUAUUAAAGAGAUAUAGCCCAUUGAGGAUAUUUCACAACCUGAAAGAUGUGGGAUUUCUCCAGGUGAAAGUCAUCAGAGCAGAAGGGUUAAUGGCUGCUGACGUCACUGGAAAAAGUGACCCAUUUUGUGUGGUAGAACUGAACAACGAUAGACUGCUAACACAUACUGUCUACAAAAAUCUCAAUCCUGAGUGGAAUAAAGUCUUCACGUUCAACAUUAAAGAUAUCCAUUCAGUUCUUGAAGUGACAGUUUAUGAUGAAGAUCGGGAUCGAAGUGCUGACUUUCUGGGCAAAGUUGCUAUACCAUUGCUGUCUAUUCAAAAUGGUGAACAGAAAGCCUACGUCUUGAAAAACAAGCAGCUGACAGGGCCAACAAAGGGGGUCAUCUAUCUUGAAAUAGAUGUGAUUUUUAAUGCUGUGAAAGCCAGCUUACGAACAUUAAUACCCAAAGAACAGAAGUACAUUGAAGAGGAAAACAGACUCUCUAAACAGCUGCUACUAAGAAACUUUAUCAGAAUGAAACGUUGUGUCAUGGUGCUGGUAAAUGCUGCAUACUACGUUAAUAGUUGCUUUGAUUGGGAUUCACCCCCAAGGAGUCUCGCUGCUUUUGUGCUCUUUCUCUUUGUUGUCUGGAACUUUGAGCUCUACAUGAUACCACUGGUUUUGUUGUUACUAUUGACAUGGAACUACUUCUUGAUAAUAUCAGGGAAAGAUAACAGGCAACGUGAUACAGUAGUGGAGGACAUGCUAGAGGACGAGGAAGAAGAAGAUGACAAAGAUGACAAGGACAGUGAAAAAAAGGGAUUUAUAAAUAAAAUCUAUGCCAUCCAAGAGGUAUGUGUCAGUGUCCAGAACAUCCUAGAUGAAGUGGCUUCCUUUGGCGAAAGGAUAAAGAAUACUUUCAACUGGACUGUCCCAUUCUUAAGCUGGCUGGCCAUUAUAGCCCUCUGUGUGUUCACAGUCAUCCUGUACUGCAUUCCGCUGAGAUACAUUGUCCUUGUCUGGGGCAUCAAUAAAUUUACAAAAAAGCUUCGGAGUCCAUAUGCAAUUGAUAACAAUGAACUACUUGACUUCCUUUCCAGAGUCCCUUCCGAUGUACAAGUGGUGCAAUACCAAGAACUGAAACCAGAUCCCUCUCAUAGCCCAUAUAAAAGAAAGAAAAACAAUCUUGGCUAGCCAGCUCCCAGUACUGAGGAGACCAACAUCUGUUUGGGAAGAUAAAAGAAAAAGCCCUCAGCCUCAGCAGCAUUUCCUUUCUUUCUGCUUUUUAUUUAUUUUGCCUUUUUAUCAUGAUCGAGAGAAUUUGUAAAUAGUGUACAAAGGCAUAUGUCUUUGAAAAUAUACUUCUAUUGUACAGACUCAACUUGAUAAAGGUUUUGCUACUGCUGUGUCAAAGCCUUGUUAGCUGUGGAUAAUAAUAUAACACACUGAAAGAACAAAUAUAAGAAUGAUAACACUGGAAGAUAUAUUCUUAUCUAAUUACAAGUGGAUUAAAUACUCACCUGUGCUCUGAUUAAAUCUACAUCAAUUGUAAAUGUCAAUUUGAUUUUAAAGUUUUUUUUUUAAUGUGACUAUUUUUUAUCUGAAAAGUAAUCCAUUACAGUUUUCUAUGUUUUAUACAUUUCAAAAGGGAGGGAAAUUCCAAAGCCUGAAUAAUGGAAUGGAUGCAUUUCAAUUUAACAUAUAUUCUGGCUUUAGAUCCCGACAUUCACUCCUGUGCAAAUUACUUAGGUAUGACUUAGGCUGAUUUUAAACUAAUAAGUGAAGGUACAUUCAUUCACUCCCUCAAGAGAAUCAACACCCAGAAGGUUAGAAAUUUUUCUUUAUAGAAUUUCAAUCAUUCCAUCUAAAACCUUAAAAUCUUUACAGGACUACAUAACAUAAAUACUGCCAGUUUAUAAAUGAUUGCCUAUCUGAAUUUUUAUACCUACCACUACUUUAAUUUAUACAGAGUUAGUUAGCAAAUUAGCAACCCAGUAAGUACAGUUAUCAAAAAUACUAGGAAACUAUAUCCAUAUCGCUUUUGGUGUCAGAUUGUAUCUGUGCAUCUAAAAAUAUUUUAAUACUCAAGUGCUCUCACAGAAAACCUCUGCUUUCUCAUUAGAUUACUGAAAUGCUUUAAUUCAUACUAUGAUUUUGUUAUUAGUGUGAAUUUUAAUGUAGAGAAUUCAGUGUGCUAAGUGAUAUGCCAGUGUUUCACUACAUUCAUUUAUUUUUAAAAAAAAUCAUUCUUGAUUAUGCACAUUCUUGAUUAUGCAUGAAAACCUGUUUUGUAAAAUAAACUGCUUGGGGGUGGUGGUUGCCUUUAUCAAUGUUUCACUAUUAUCAUAGAAUCUAUACUUAAAAAUUGCAUUCCCAAGACUCUUAAAGUAGUUUUUGUAUCUCACUCCCUGGUAUACUAAGGGAGCGUAACUCUGGAGAAAAAAUAAUUUGGUUGGUUGAGAAUGUCUUACUUCCCUGACGUGGUAGGGGAUUACACUCAGUUGAAAUUGCAGCAGGCAAUGCUUUGCACUACUUUAUUAAUAAUAAACUUGGAUGGGGUAAAAGUGGGGGUUAUACUGGAAAAACUAUAGAAAAGCUAAAAGAAAUGUAUAUUUCACUCUAAAGGAAGAUUCUUUAACAAUAAAUGUAAUCUCAUUGAAGCUGAUUUUUAAAGUAUUUUUAUUUUUGAGGUAAGUUGUUAAAUACUAUUUCUUAUAAUAGAACUAUUUUGAUCUGUUUAUAUACUAUGCUUGAAUGUCAAUUAAAUUCCCUUUCUACAGAAAGGCUUUGACCUCAACAUGCUUUAAUGUAUCAUGUUUAAAAUGACACGCUUCUGUCUGCAUACCAUCACUGUUUGUUGCUAAAAGCAUAAUGUUCCAUGAACAUGGUUACUACAGAAAGUUUAUUGAUAACUGUUUGAAAUAACUUUCAAUUAUACCUUAUGUGAGACUUUUAUGUUCUGUGCUGACAAUGUCUACUCAAAUGUCUGUAAGCCUGAUAUUCUACAACCUCAGAUGUAUCAAUAGUAACCAUUAACAGAUGACUUGUUUGUUUCACUGUAUCAAAUUUCAGAUGUUUAGUUCAAUGGUAAUGUUGACUACACAUUCACUGCAUUAAGUACAAAAGAAAAUAAUCUUUCCCAUGUAUAAUCAGCACUUUUUUUUUUGGUGGUUCAGAGAUUGAUGAGGGAUUGUGUGCAUAUUCUUAAAAAUUAUAUGUCACUUGGAGAAAAACAGAUUUGUUUAAACACGACUUUUUUCCUGAAACUCUGACUCUUACAUGAAAACACCUCUGGAGGGGUGAGCAACCAAUGAAAUUAAUAGAGGAAUAAGAACUAGCUUGAGGCACAAAAGUGAUAUUCAGGGAAAUCUUCAUUGCUUUUAGAAACUACUACAUUCACAGGCUGAAAACAAUAUGUAUAGUUAAAAUUUUAAACUAUUUCUUUCCCCUUCUCACAUAGGUGCAAUUCUGUCUUGAGAGUUGCCUGACUUGCCUUCAUUUUGAGAUUUGUGAUGUAAAUAUUUCAAGUUAUCUUAAGAGACUGAAUGUCAAACAUCUACUUGGACUGCUAACUAUUUUAGAUAUUGUGAACUACUAAAUAUAUUCCUUUAGUAUCUUUCUGUGAGUAAAUUCACUGAGUCAUUAGUUAUAUUUAUAAACUAUUACUGACAUUUGUUGUGAUAAUUCACAAGAAAUAUUUGUGCUUUUAAUGCAUAUUUGUGCUUUUUAAUUUUUCCCCACUUAUCAAAAAGAACAUAAUAGUACUUCUCAUUCAUUCUGGUACUGUUCUAGACUCGACCUGAUUGAUUGAUAGGUUCUGUAGGAAUUCCAAUUUUUGAACAUUCUAUAUGCACUAGGAUAAUCUGAGUUGGGAGAUUCUUUAAAGGACUCUGUGAUAUAUUUAUCGAAUACCAACUGUAUGACCCUGUUAUAGGCAACAGUCAAACCAAUGAUUGUAUAUUAAAAUCAAAUCUGGAGUUGAAGUACAGUGAGAGCCAAAUUUGAUACAUUUCUAAAAUUAUCUUUUAUAAAAUUUUUAUUCUGCAUUUAAAAGUGAAGAAAAACUCAGAAGUAAAUUCUUAUCUAGGGACCACAGGAGCUUUUUUUCCACUUUGAUCUCAUAUCUAAGGUCUCCUAUGCUCAAAGUAGUCUACAUUUGUAUUAAUGUUAUUCAAAGGUAGUAAUUUCGGCGAAUAAACUUGUUAAAUGGGCCUAAAUGUUUAUAAUGUUGACUCAGCAUUAAGAACAAACAGGUAUAAGGCAGUUAUACCUUUUUGCUCCAGAAAUAACAAGACAGCUACCAUUAUACUUCUUGAAAAACGUCUCAGGUAUUGCUAAAUUAAUACUUGCUUAAAUCCUUGGGCUUUAAAUGAAUAGCGUGAUUUCACACUCUAGUGUGAGUGUGUGUACAGAUGUCUAUUCAUUGGUUUGAUUAGGGUAUCUAGAAUCAGCCUUUUCUAAUUGCUCAGUCAAGUAUAAAUUAAAACCACAUAGAAAAUAAUGUGGUAAAUUCUUUCUUACAAUAGUGUCAUUCCUUUCAAUUAUAAUUCUUUUUCUUGGGAUGACUGGUGUAACUCACUGAAAGAAAACAUUUUUUUUCUUUUAUUUUUUGAUGUAAAUGUUACCCUCUGGUACCUCGGUUUCUUUUAUAUAGUGUCAAUUUGUAUAGAGGCAGUCACAUUAUAAGAUUUGUUUCAGCUGAAUGGCUAAAAUUUGAGAAAUACUAUUGAAAAAUCUCAUUAAAAAAGAAUAGUGUGCAAAUAAAAACUAUCAAAUGUCCAAAGCAAAACUAUCAAAUGUCCAAAGCAAUACAAUGUAGAAACCAAGAGCACCAUGAAAGGUUUCCUGGAACUUAAUGAUUCUAUCUGUGCUUUUCAAAGGAGGGAUCUGGGUUAAGAAUCAAAAAAUAAAAACAAUCAAAUAUUGUAA